AUGGAGUGCCUGCGGCGCGUGAACCCCUUCCGCGCGUGCGCGGGGCUUCGGUUUCUGGGGUACCUCAUGCUGGCGCUCGUCGCCGCCAUCGUCGCCGCCUCCUACUACGCCGUCGUCGUCUACGCCUGGGGCCCGAUACUCCUGCACGGGACCGGCCGAGGCUCCGUGGCCGCCGCGGCUACCAUCCUUGCCGCCUUCCACCUGCUUCUUGCAAUGAUGCUAUGGUGCUAUUUGAUGGUUGUUUUUACGGAUCCUGGAUCGGUACCUGAAAACUGGAGGCGUGCUGCCGAAGAGGAUGGUAUGGAUGUGAACAACAGUACGGCCAUAUCAAACUAUUUUGCUACAGAUAAUGUGAAUCGUCCAUUAUCCGUUUCAGAGGAGCAAGGACACACGCCUAGAUAUUGCUCUCGUUGUCAAAAUGGCAAACCUCCACGUUGCCAUCAUUGUUCUGUCUGUGACAGAUGUGUACUCAAAAUGGAUCAUCACUGUGUUUGGGUAGUAAAUUGUGUUGGAGCAAGGAACUACAAGUAUUUUCUCCUUUUCCUGGUGUAUACUUUCUCCGAGACUCUGCUAGAUAUAUCAGUACUACUUCCAAGCUUUAUUACGUACUUUCAAGAUGAAAGUAGGCGCUCCAACUCCGCCAGCGAUAUUGCCAUUCUAUUUAUCGCUUUCGUUCUUAACUUAGUGUUUGCGCUGAGCCUCCUUUGUUUCCUAGGCAUUAACAUGCCUCUUGUUCUGAGUAAUACAACAUCUAUAGAGGUGUACGCGCGAAAGAACUCACGCUCAUGGAAAUAUGACCUAGGACGGAGAAAAAACUUGGAGCAGGUUUUUGGCACCAAAAAGUUGCUCUGGUUUCUUCCUAUGUACUGCACCGAGGAUCUGCACAACAUUACUGCAAUUCAAGGCAUUGAGUUCCUGACUCGUUCUGAUGCAGUGCUAUAAUUGCCACUGAUUUCUGUCCACAGUAUAUUCUAGUCAUACUAUACGGCCAUCUCACCCGUAGAUUGAACAAUCAUAUUUCUGUACAGGAUCUUUAUUCUUUCUAUACACAGCUAGUGAACAGAAUGACUCUGUACCAUGGUCAUUCUUUGGUUGGUUUGAACAAGAUGUGCCCAAAAACACCAUAUGUGGGGAUUGUUCAUAGGGUGUGACUGAAGAUGUGAAGCUCAUUUCAACUGAGAAUUAGAUGUGACCUCAUGAUUUUGUAUUACAUGAAACAUCGCUCCAUUUGUACUACAUUGUUCAUGCUCUAAAUCGGUUCGGAGAGGCCUUCAUUGUGCGUCCCUACCUCCUCAUCUCCCCCAUCAACGGUUGCUUCA